AUGGCGUUGGAGGAUCAAUAUUUUGACGAUUCCUCCAAUAACAAUAAUAAUAAUAAUAAUAAUGAAGAGGAUCCACAAUCACCUCCAACCAGCAAUAUUGACUUGGAAAAGUCAACCAUUGAAUUCAAGUCAAUGGCUGCUGCAUUGGAGAAUGAAUCCCAACAAUACCGUUUAGAUGAAGACAAGCAAGAUCUCGAAGGUCGUGCAGCAGAGACGGAAGAGGAUUUCAAACUCCGAGAGUUUUUUGAAGAUUCUCAACGUAUGGCUCUUGCCAAUGGUGGUAAAGCUAAAAAGAUGGGUGUCAGUGUUAGAAAUUUAACUGUUGUAGGAAAAGGUGCUGAUGCUUCAAUUAUUAGUGAUAUGUUAUCACCAUUAAAAUUCUUAUUUAAUCCAUUUAGUUGGAAAAAGAAUAAUGGUACAACAUUUGAUAUUUUACAUAAUGUAAAUACAUUUUGUAGAGAUGGUGAAAUGUUAUUAGUUUUGGGUCGUCCAGGAGCAGGAUGUAGUACAUUACUUAGAGUUAUUGCCAAUCAAACUGAUACCUAUGUAGAAGUACGUGGUACUGUUAGUUAUGGUGGUUUGGAUUCAUCUAAAUGGUCAAGAUACCGUGGUGAAGCCAUUUAUGCUCCAGAAGAAGAUUGUCAUCAUCCAACUCUUACACUUAAACAGACAUUGGACUUUGCACUCAAGUGCAAGACUCCAGGUAACCGUUUGCCAGACGAGACCAAGCGUAGUUUCCGUGAAAAGAUUUACACCUUGUUGGUCAAUAUGUUUGGUAUCAUUCAUCAAUCCAAUACGAUGGUUGGUAACGAGUAUGUCCGUGGUUUGUCUGGUGGUGAACGUAAGCGUACCACUAUUACCGAAGCUAUGGUCUCUGCCGCCCCCAUCAACUGUUGGGAUUGUUCAACUCGUGGUCUCGAUGCUGCCUCUGCACUCGACUAUGCAAAGUCUCUUCGUAUCAUGUCUGACACUUUGAACAAGACCACCAUUGCCACCUUUUACCAAGCUUCCGAUUCUAUCUACCGUAUCUUUGACAAGGUAAUGGUACUCGAAAAGGGUAGAUGUAUCUAUUUCGGUCCAAUCAAUGAGGCCAAGCAAUAUUUCCUCGACCUCGGUUUUGACUGCGAACCAAGAAAGUCUACUCCCGAUUUCUUGACUGGUGUCACCAAUCCACAAGAACGUAUCAUUCGUCCAGGUUUUGAAAACACUGCUCCUCAAACAUCUGCCGAGUUUGAAGCUGCCUGGUUACGUUCCGAGAACCAUACCCGUAUCAUGGCCGCCCAAGACGAGUUUGACAAGUCUAUCGAACAAGACCAACCACAUUUGGUAUUUGCCGAACAAGUCAAAGCCGAGAAAAGUAAAACCACCCCCAAGAGCAGACCAUACACUACAUCUUUUAUUACUCAAGUUCGUGCUCUUACCAUUCGUCAUUUCCAAUUGAUUUGGGGUAACAAAUUCUCUCUUAUUUCUCGUUAUGGAUCAGUCUUUAUACAAGCAUUUGUCUAUGGAUCUGUCUUUUUCCAACAACCAAAGGAUCUUUCUGGUCUCUUUACUCGUGGUGGUGCCAUUUUUGGUUCACUCCUUUUCAACGCAUUCCUUACCCAAGGUGAGUUGGUCCUUACCUUUAUGGGCCGUCGUAUCCUCCAAAAACACAAGACCUAUGCCAUGUAUCGUCCGUCGGCGUUCCUCAUUGCGCAAGUCAUUACCGAUAUUCCACUAAUCUUUUUCCAAGUGACACUCUUUUCCAUCAUUGCCUACUUUAUGUUUGGAUUCCAGUAUCGUGCAGACUCUUUCUUUAUCUGGAUCUUUACCAUGGUUGGUAUGACUCUUUGUAUCACCAACUUGUUCCGUGGUUUUGGUAAUUUCUCACCAUCGCUCUAUGUCUCGCAAAACGUCAUGUCUAUCUACUUGCUCUUCAUGUUGACCUAUGCCGGUUACAUUGUUCCCUACCCCAAGAUGCAUCCAUGGUUCCAAUGGUUCUUUUGGAUCAAUCCAUUUGCCUAUGCAUUCAAAGCAUUGAUGGCCAAUGAAUUUAUGAACAAUGACUUUGACUGCUCGACCUCUGCCAUCCCAUACGGUCCAUCCUAUGCUGCCUAUGGUGCCAAUCGUAUUUGUGCCGCCCCAGGUGCCAUCCAAGGUAAUCUCACUCUGCCAGGAGAAACAUAUCUCAGUGAGGACCUCGACUUUAAGACCUCGGACCGUGCCCUCAACGUCUGUGUCGUCUAUUUGUGGUGGUUGUUCUUUACCGCUCUCAACAUGGUUGCCUUGGAAUUCUUGGAUUGGACCAGUGGAGGUUACACUCAAAAGGUCUACAAGAAGGGUAAAGCUCCCAAGAUUAACGAUUCCGAAGAAGAAAAGCUCCAAAACAAGAUUGUCCUCGAAGCCACUGAAAACAUGAAAAACACUCUCGAAAUGCGUGGUGGUGUAUUCACAUGGCAACACAUCAAAUACACUGUCCCCGUUCCAGGUGGUACCCGUCUCUUGUUGGACGACAUUGAAGGUUGGAUCAAACCAGGUCAAAUGACUGCCUUGAUGGGUAGUUCUGGUGCCGGUAAAACCACUCUCCUCGAUGUCCUCGCCAAGAGAAAGACUGUUGGUACCAUUGAAGGUGUUGCCCAUCUCAAUGGCAAACCUCUCGGAAUUGAUUUCGAACGUAUCACUGGUUAUGUCGAACAAAUGGAUGUAUUCAAUCCCAAUUUAACCGUCCGUGAAGCUCUCCGUUUCUCUGCCAAGAUGCGUCAAGAUCCUUCCAUCCCACUCUCUGAAAAGUUCAAAUACGUAGAGGAUGUCUUGGAAAUGAUGGAAAUGAAACAUCUUGGUGAUGCUCUUGUCGGUGACCUCGAAUCUGGUGUUGGUAUCUCUGUUGAAGAACGUAAACGUCUUACCAUUGGUACUGAACUUGUUGCCAAACCUCAUAUCCUUUUCCUUGAUGAACCAACUAGUGGUCUUGAUGCACAAUCAUCAUAUAAUAUUAUUAAAUUUAUUCGUAAACUUGCAGAUGCUGGUAUGCCAUUGGUUUGUACCAUUCAUCAACCAUCAUCUGUAUUGUUUGAAUAUUUUGAUCGUUUGUUAUUACUCGCCAAGGGAGGGAAGACUGUUUACUUUGGUGAUAUUGGAGAAAAGUCAUCUGCAUUGACUGGUUACUUUGUACGUCAUGGUGUCCGUCCAUGUACCGAUGCUGAAAACCCAGCCGAGUACAUUCUCGAAGCUAUCGGUGCUGGUGUCCAUGGCAAGUCUGAUGUUGACUGGCCCGCCGCUUGGAAGGCAUCUGCCGAAUGUGCCUCUGUCACUGCCGAAUUGCAACAAAUCGAAAGUCACCCAGUCGCUGACCACUCUGACGACAAGCCACCAAGAGAAUUUGCCACCUCACUCCCAUACCAAUUCUGGGAAGUCUACAAACGUAUGAACAUUAUCUGGUGGAGAGAUCCAUUCUACUCUUUUGGUCGUUGGGUCCAAGGUAUCCUCGUCGGUCUCAUUAUUGGUUUUACAUUUUGGAAUGUCCAAGACUCUUCAUCAGACAUGAACCAAAGAAUUUUCUUUGUCUUUCAAGCUCUCAUUCUUGGUAUCCUCAUGAUCUUUAUUGCUCUCCCCCAACUAUUUGCCCAAAGAGAAUAUUUCAGACGUGACUAUGCCUCAAAAUUCUAUCAUUGGAUUCCAUUUUCAAUUUCCAUCGUCCUGGUCGAACUCCCAUACCUCAUCGUUUGUGGAACCCUCUUCUUUGUCUGCUCCUACUGGACUGCUGGUAUUGACUUUAACGCUAACACUGGAGGCUACUUUUACAUCAUGUUUAUCAUUUACCUAUUCUUUUGCGUGUCCUUUGGUCAAGCUGUCGGUGCCAUUUGUGCAAACAUGUUCAUGGCCAAGUUUAUCAUUCCUCUCUUGAUGGUCUUCCUCUUCCUUUUUUGUGGUGUUAUGGUGAGUCCGUCAGCUAUGCCUACGUUCUGGAGAGGAUGGGUCUACCAUCUCAUGCCCACCCGUUACUUUAUGGAAGGUGUCAUCACAAAUGUUCUCAAGGAUGUAACUGUCACUUGCUCAGACCAAGAUCUCGUGGUAUUCUCUCCACCAUCUGGUAUGGACUGCGACACUUACACUGCAGACUUCCAACAGUAUGCUACUGGUAACGUUCAAUCUCUCGACAAUGGCCAGUGUGGAUAUUGUAUCUACAAAAACGGAAAAGAAUAUUAUUCCACUUUGGAUUGGUCCGAAGAAAAUAGAGGUAGAAAUCUUGGUAUUUUAAUCUGUUAUUGGAUCUUUAACAUCUUCUUGGUCUCUGCCUUCAUCUAUCUCUCAAGAAAACCAACUAGAUAA